AUGCAGUGGGCACCACAGCCACCAGGGAUGGUGCUGGUCUGGUCUGUCUCCAGCCCUCUUCGCCUGUUCCUCCCCGUUUUUAUUACUACCGUUGCGGACACCUCGUCCCCGUUUCUCAGUUUUGUUGGUGCUUCUGUUUUUGCUGUUGCUGUUCUAGGGAUGCCACCGAAAUCCGAAAGGGAGAAGACGCCGGUUGGCGCCGGAGUCAAACGGUCGCGCAGCCGUUCGCCACCCGCCACGCCGCCAACGAAGAUGACCAAGCCGACUGGGAGGAGCAACACACCGUCGCCAUCGCGGUCUUUAGAGGCCAAAGCAACCACAGUCGAGCCUUCAAUGCCUCCUGCUGCUGCCCCAACUACACCCACUGCUGUUGCUGCCGUAGAGCCGCUGGCAUUGCCGAAGGACGACGCAAAAAAGACAGAGAACAGUAUCUGGAGCCAGGUGGAGCCGUUCCAGCGGCGGACCGAAGCGAAGGACUUCGAACCAGAGCAUAUGUUUAAGCUCAUCACGUGGAACGUUGCUGGCCUGCGCGGACUACUGCGGAAGGACGCCCGAGCGAUCCAGCAGCUUCUGGAGGCGGAGCAGCCAGACGCGCUGUGCCUGCAGGAAACGAAGCUGAACCCCGAAGACCCGCAGAACACCACGCUUGGUGAGGUGCCGGGCUACCGCUUCGUCGAUCACGCGUGUCGUGCAAAGAAAGGCUACUCCGGCACCCGCACAUAUAUUAAGGACACGGUCGCGGCAGAGUGGAAGACGACCACGGUGAAGGGCUUCAACACACUCAAAUCAGCGCAGAACGUCGGCCGAAGCGACGGCGAUGACGAGGGUCGGGUGUUGACGACGUAUUUUGGUACAGGUGGCAAGGACAGCAACGAAUUCGCUCUGGCGCUGGUGAACACGUACAUCCCCAAUAGCGGUAUGACACUCGAGCGUCUGCCGUACCGCUACCAGACGUUUGACGUGAAGGUGCGGCAGCACUUGUGCGCACUGUCGGCCUCCUGCAGGCCAUUUACGCGCGGCGGUGCCAACGACGCAAGCGUCGGCACGUCACCACUCACCGGAUUCAUCUGGACUGGCGAUCUGAACGUUGCAGAGCGCGACUACGACCGCUACUUCGCCGGGACGUACAAGGCAAUGCAGAAGUGCAGCGGCUUCACCCCGGAGGAGCGCGUCUCGUUCCGCGAGACGCUGCGGUUGACGGGUGCGGUGGACACAUUCCGUGCCUUGUACCCGCGGGCGGCGCCGGUGUACACGUUCUGGUCUGCACGCAUCAAUGGCCGGGCGAGGGGGCUCGGCUGGCGGCUCGACUACUUUGUCGUCUCUGCCGCGCUGGCGAGCCGCGUCGUAGAUUGUUUCACAAUGCCACACGUGAUGGGCAGCGACCACUGCCCGGUGCAGAUGUGGCUGCGAAAGUGA